GGGCGGGUCCUCCUUAGCUCCGCUACAUUUCCGACUCUCCAUUUCUCACCAACACCAACAACAACAUCCCCAAUGUUGGUUAUAACAAAAGGUAUAAGACACUAUCUGGCUCUCUGUCCCCUCCCAAUUGCUAUACUCAUUUCCUAUCCCACUUACAAAACAGCUCCAACCACAUCCCAAGUCCAAAAAUGCAUCUCGUCCUCACCGGCGCAACGGGCCUCGUAGGUUCUGGCGUACUCGCCCAUAUGAUUUCCGCACCUUCAGUCCACAAAGUAUCAGUUCUCUCUCGCAGACCGGUUCCCAUGGCUGAUGGGCACGAAAAAGUGAAAGUCAUCAUACAUAAGGACUUUUCGAAUUAUUCGAGCGACCUUAUGAGCCAGUUGAAGGAUGUAGAUGGUGUAGUUUGGGCUCAGGGAAUAAGUCAGACGAAAGUAGGGAAAGAGUAAGUCCCUCUCCUCAAACCCUCCACUCGAAUCUCCAUAUGCCAAAUAUUGCAACCAGAAUGUCGCUUAACAAGUCUUCAUAAUACAGAGAAUACUUUAAGAUAACACACACCUACCCCCUCUCCUUCGCCCGCGCCCUCACCAAAACCACCUCCCCAAAACCCCUAAACUUCGUCUACAUCUCAGGUGAAGGGGCCACUACCACUCCCAGCAUCCUAACUUCCCGCUUCGGUGUCGUUAAAGGCAAAGCCGAAGCAGACCUUUUAUCCCUCUCCAAAGACCCCGCCUUUUCAAACCUACGUCCGUACUCGAUGCGCCCCGCGUUCGUCGACAACACCGCGCAUACAGAAGCCAAGGAGUUCGGCCCCAAAAGGACGGGCUUCGAAGGCCUGGCUGUUGCGACGAUACUGCCAGUGUUUAGACUGAUUCCCAGUUUUAUGAGUCCGACGAAGGAUCUCGGGAGGUAUGUUACGGAGCUGGCGUGUGGGGAUGGGGGUCCGAAGGAGGGGGGUGGUGUUGAUGGGGAGGGGAGAACUAUCAACAAUACUGCUUUUCGGAGGUUUGCUGGGCUUUGA